ACAAACGAAAGAUAGAGUAAAUCAAGUUAAUCUUGAAAGAAACCCUUGUUACCUUGUACGUGAAGUUUGGGUUUAGAUUUUAAAACUUUUGGAACUAAUUCUUUGGAGUGGAAAAAAGUGUACAAACACUUGACAUUUUUAUUGUACAUUACAUUUACAUUGUAUACUGUACACGGGGACAGUAAAAAUUCUACAAUAAAUCUACCAAUUUCAAUAUCCCACAAAAAAUAAAAAAAAUCAUUGAAAGACUUAUUUUUAAGACUAACCAAAAUUAAGAUUGAAUCAUUUUCCCGAGGAUUAUGUAGACCCCACCCUCCUUACUCCCUAUAUUUGAAAACAAUGAAAAGUUCUAUUUUUCCUCUCUAGAAAUUGGAAACUUGUAAUUCAGACAAUGAAACAAACUUUAUUUUACAAUCUAUGUAUAUAGUACAGCACAUGAAUGGUAGAUGGGCCUAACAGUUUUCUCUGUACAAUGGUACAUAUACAGUGUGUGUGUACACUGCACACUAUAAUUUUUGAUGUAUAAUACACAUUUUAGAAAAGUUAAAGGGAUUUUUAUCGUGAUUUAAGAUGACCCUUCAAUUAAAGUUCCACAUAUCAUAUAAAUCAACGAUUCUUUAGAUAAAAGAUUAAAAACAUUGUCGCAUUUGAACCGUUCAAGAAUUAUUUAUAAAUAACAGACAUAAUAUUACAAAUACAUAUCUUGUUAAAGAAAGAUAAUGUCUGGUGUACAUGAGACACAGAGUAUAGAGAGAAUACAGAGAGAGCAGUGGAUUCAAAAUACAUAGUUGACAGAACUAUUAACACUCCAGAGUUAUGUUCAGAUACCUGAUACUGCUGACAAUGCUAAGCAAAGAAUAUACAUCACAAAGAACAAUUUUGGCGGGGAACAAUUCUUCUCCUCUGAUACAGUCAGAUACUAGAGUUCGAUUAAGCUGCAGAACUGAUACACAGUGGUUCUUCUGCUUGUGGCAUAGCCCUUCACAGGACAUUCAGUGUGCAAUACAGUAUGACCAGCCUACCAGCGUGUGUAAGGAGAACCCGCGUGUCCAGCUGGUCGGGGGGUCAACCUACUGUGAUAUAAUUAUCCAGGUAUGCUUUAAAGGUACUGUCAACUGUCGACUGUCAAGUGUCCCCUUAUAGACUCUGUCUUUCCUU